CACAAAUAAUUCAUUACCUCAUUGAAUCACACAAGCUAAAAACUCGCCAUGGCAUCUAAAUUAGCAUUUUCACUAGCAAUGUUUUCCUCAUUGGUGCUACUAUUGGUAGUAGGUUCAGAUGCUGGAAGCAUUUCAAUCUACUGGGGUCAGAAUGGGCAAGAAGGAACUUUAGCAGAGACAUGUGCCACUGGAAACUAUGAAUACGUCAACUUAGCGUUUCUGGCUACCUUUGGCAACGGCCAGACACCCAUGAUUAAUCUUGCAGGUCAUUGUGAUCCUUACAGCAAUGGCUGCACUGGCCUUAGCUCCGACAUAAAAUCUUGUCAAGCACAAGGAAUUAAGGUGAUACUGUCGAUAGGUGGAGCUUCGGGGAGUUACUCCCUUGUUUCUGCUGCAGAUGCCAGAGAAGUGGCAACAUAUCUUUGGAACAACUUUCUUGGAGGCCAGUCAGCUACGCGGCCUCUAGGAAAUGCUGUUUUGGAUGGAAUUGAUUUUGAUAUUGAGGGAGGAUCAGGAGAGUACUGGGAUGAUCUUGCAAGGUAUCUUUCUGCUUAUAGUAAGCGUGGUAAGAAGGUUUACCUCACGGCUGCUCCUCAAUGCCCUUAUCCUGAUGCUUGGGUAGGAGGAGCCCUUCAGACAGGCCUGUUUGACUAUGUUUGGGUGCAGUUCUUCAACAACCCUCCUUGCCAGUACUCCUCUGCCGCGACAAGUAACCUGGAGGAUGCGUGGAAGCAAUGGACUACUGAUAUUCCUGCAACUAAGAUUUUCUUAGGCCUGCCUGCCGCUCCUGAUGCAGCUGGAAGUGGCUUCAUUCCUGUAAGUGACCUUACAUCCCAAGUCCUUCCAGCUAUCAAGGGCUCUGACAAGUAUGGGGGCGUGAUGCUUUGGUCUAAGUUCUACGACGAUCAAUCUGGAUAUAGCUCUUCCAUCAAGAGCGACGUGUAAAUUCUAGAUACACCUGUAUCAUUUUCUGUACUAUUCAACAUGUGAAUGUUAUGUUAUAAUAUCAAUAUGUUUGUGCCUGGA